UUGUUUUGACUUUUGACUUUGGGAACCAUCGCGGUACUGAUUAAUGAUUAGCACUUAGCAGACUAUUUCAUUUCAAUAUUCUAAUUUCUAUGUUAUAAUUGAAAUUAGUUUAGCUUUAAAUUUAACUGCAACUGAACAUUAAUUUCUGAGAUAUAUUUGACUCAGAAUGGUGGAACUUCUAUUAGAUCCUAAAAUAAGAUUAUGGGUGUUCCUGCCCAUCGUAGUUAUUACCUUUUUGGUUGGUAUCGUAAGGCAUUAUGUUUCGAUAAUACUAUCUUCGCAGAAGAAAAUUGAAUUGAUUCAGGUGCAGGAUAGCCAAGUUAUGAUACGUGCUCGGCUUCUACGCGAAAAUGGGAAGUAUUUACCUCGUCAGUCGUUUGCUAUGAGGCGUCAUUGGUUUAAUAAUGAAGAGACUGGUUAUUUUAAAGUACAGAAACGACCAUCAAAUGCUCAGAAUCCUAUGACUGACCCUGGUAUGAUGACAGAUAUGUUAAAGGGCAAUGUCACUAAUGUUUUGCCUAUGAUUGUUAUUGGUGGUUGGAUUAAUUGGAUGUUCAGUGGUUUCCUUACAACAAAGGUUCCAUUUCCCUUGACCCUGAGAUUUAAGCCAAUGUUGCAGCGUGGUGUGGAGUUAGCAUACUUAGAUGCAUCUUGGGUAUCCUCCGCGUCAUGGUAUUUCCUCAAUGUAUUCGGACUUAGAACUAUCUACGCUUUGGUUCUUGGGGAAAAUAAUGCUGCAGAUCAGUCUAAGGUUAUGCAAGAACAAAUGUCAGGUGCAGCAAUGGCUAUGCCUCCAGACCCAAAAGCAGCAUUUAAGGCAGAAUGGGAAGCUUUGGAAAUUACUGACCACCGUUGGGCUCUUGCGACAGCUGAAGCUGAUUUGUUAUCGCAGAAUAAUAUAUCAUAAUUUAUAACUAAGAAAAUAUUAUUUUUACUAGAUUAAUUAAUUUUUAA